CUACUCCUCCCUCUCUGCUCUUCUUGAACAAUCAAAAGCAGCUCAAAAGGGCUUUCCAAAACCUGCCGAGCGAGGCGAGUUUGUACCAUCACUUCACACUUGCGUGCCAAGGCGACACUGCAGCAGCUUCGGCUCUUAGUAUGUUGGACGCGUCUCAGGCGUGACCAUGUCUUCCAAGUUGCCCGAAGAGGACCUGUCAUGUCCUGUGUGCUGUGACAUCUUCAGCGACCCGGUCCUGCUCCCGUGCAGCCACAGCUUCUGUCGGUCGUGCCUGCAGAAAUUUUGGUUCAACUCAGUUUUCCGGAGCUGUCCCGUUUGCAGGAGGAGAACAUCAAAAAAGCAACCUCCGAGCAACCUGGCUUUGAGGAACCUGUGCGAGGCCUUCGUGCAGACUCAGAACUGGAGUCGUGAGAACAACAAGAAGGAGGAGUGCCCACAGCACGGCGAGAAGCUGAAGCUCUUCUGCGUGGAUGACCAGCACCCCAUCUGCGUAGUGUGCCAAGCCUCGAGAAUGCACAAGGGUCACAACUGCACUCCCACAGACGAGGCGGCUCUGGACUGUAAGGAGAAGCUCAGUUCUGCCCUGAAGAUGUUGAAAGACAAGCUGGAUGUCGUGACAAAUCUUAGAAUGACUUCAGAUAUGACACUCGAGUAUAUCAGGAACCAGGCCCAGCUUGUCGAGAGCAGAAUGAAGCACGAGUUCAUGAAGCUUCACCAGUUUCUGCGUGAGGAAGAGGAGGCUCGCCUCUCUGCGCUGAAGGAGGAAGAGAUGAAGAAGGUCCUCGCUAUAAACAAAAGACAUGAAGAGCUGAUGAACAGGAUUUCUUCUCUCUCAGACACCAUCAGUCACAUAGAGCAGGAGAUCGCUGCUGAUGACCUGACGCUGCUGCAGAACUUUAAAUCUGCCAUGGAGAGAACUCAGAGUUCAGCACCAAAUCCAAAGGGGCUUCAUGGGGCAUUAAUAGACGAAGCUAAACACUUGAGUAACCUGAAGUUCAGGGUCUGGGAGAAGAUGCAGGAAGUUGCUCCUUACUCUCCUGUGACUCUGGACCCAAACACAGUGCACCCAUGUCUCAGGCUCUCAGAAGACCUCAGCAGUGUCCGUUACAGCAGCUCGGGUUGUCCUCUCCCCACCAAUCCUGAGCGCUUCUGUAUCAGUGCCGAGGUUCUCGGCUCGACAGCUAUCGGCUCUGGAACGCAUGCCUGGGAGGUGGAGCUAGGAGACAGCGAUGACUGGAUCCUGGGCGUCGCCAGUGUAUCCAUUAAGAGGGACUUGGAGGUCCCGGCACGCCCGGAGAACGGGUUCUGGACGCUGUGUAUGCGGGACGGACAGUACAGGGCCAUGGGGUCUCCUGUAAGGACACUGAAUGUCGAAAAGAAGCUGCAGAAAGUGCGAGUAGGGGUGGACUGGGAUGCAGGGGAGGUUUGUUUCUCCUGUCCCGAGGAUGGACAAAUGCUGCACAAGUUCACACAGGCGUUCACGGAUAAGGUGGUGCCGUAUUUCUACACGCAGAGUAAGAAGUGUCUGAGGAUUGUACCACAGCCGGUGAUGGUUUCGAUAAAGAAAAACUGAGAUGUAUGAAAUAAACAUGUUAACAGGAAGUAGUUUAUGCUUUGGGGUACUGAUAAGAAGGUGAUGAGUUCAAAUCUCACCCUAAAAAGCUGCUAUUGUUGAGUCUUUGAGCAAAGUCCUUAAUCCUCAACUGUUCAAGCCGAGUCACGUUGGAGGAAAGAGUCAGACAAAAGAAUCAAUGUGUGUGUUAAGCUUUAACUGUCACGACUUGAGGGUGGAGUUUCCUGUUUUCCGGUUCACUUCCUGUUUGGUUGCUCAUCCCCAAAAUCUUAAAAACCAGAGACACUGAAUCUUUGAAGUCACCCUAAACACAUUUGUACCUUCAACAAUGAAUUUAGAUUUUAUGAAUAUGUAUGUAAACAUGACUGCACUGGGAGCUUUAGAAUACUGGGCAUAUUUGCAUAUUAGAAUGUGAUUGGCUGUUGUAUUUUAUGAUGCCAUAACUCCUUCUUUUUCACUCAUAUUUUUAGUUUACUUCUGUUUCCUGAAUCAAUAACUCACUCAUCUUCAAGGAACCAUUUUAAUCUCGUCAGGAGCUGGAGUCAGGAUCCUGGGGACACUGGAAGUGAGACGGGAAUGUCCCUGGGAUGAGACACCGGUUCAUCACAGGACAUCAAUGGGGCAACAAGAGCCAAUAUAGACUCGCCUACUAGAGCGGCGGCUACAAUUAUUGACACCUUAAUGAUCUUUUGGCUGUUGCAAAAGUAGAAAAGACUUUCAAUAUGUAAAUUGUGCAUGAAUAAUUACUCAAACUUCCACUGGAAAAAAAUUGAGUUGAUUUCCGAUUUGAUUGAGUUGAUUUCAGAUCAUGUGACACCAUUCCACAAUUAUCAACAUCCAGAUGAUUAUUUCUCAUCUCAUCUCAUCUCAUUAUCUCUAGCCGCUUUAUCCUGUUCUACAGGGUCGCAGGCAAGCUGGAGCCUAUCCCAGCUGACUACGGGCGAAAGGCGGGGUACACCCUGGACAAGUCGCCAGGUCAUCACAGGGCUGACACAGAGCCUGAAAAGGUGUCGAUAAUUAUAGACUAUCGAUAAUUGUAGUGUGUUUCUGGAAGGUGGGAAGAAACCAGAAAGCCUGGAAGUAAUCAACAUGGACACAGGGAGAACACGAAGAAACUCCAGAGCUCAGGAUUGAACCAGGGAACUGGUUAUAAUAAUAAUAAUAAUAAUAAUAAUAAUACAUAUGUAAUGUGUUUUUUUAUUUCUUUCCUGCUCCUGUAAAACUGCUUGAAUAAAAACAGUAGAUUUUGUGUA